AUUGAACAAUUCACCAUAGCCACUAGCUUUCCCCUUAAGUUUCUCAUUAUAUAUAUCAUCCCUUCUUCCUUCAUUUUCAUUUCAUCCCAUAGGAAUAUUCUUCUUCCUUUUUCUACAUAUACUCUAGGUGUUUGAUAAAAGUCCGAUACUGUUUUUUUUUGAAGCGUGGAGGUUGGGUAUUUGGUUAAGGUAGUUUUGAAGGGGUUUCGAAUUCUGGGUUUAAUUCGUUUUGGUGGGGGUAAUACCCAGGUUUAGACAAAUUGUGGGCAUCACGGCUAUACACGGAGUUUCUCGGGCUCUUAUUCAUGUCCGUACUGUACGACGUAAGGGUUGUGUGAACGAGAGCAACCCUUCGCCGCACGGUGGGCGUGGAGCUUUGCCUUCUGAAGGUGGUAGUCCUUCCGAUCUCCUCUUCCUCGCUGGUGGUGGUAUUGUCUUUUAGAGUUUCAGCUGCACAUAUAUAGAUAUCUUUUAGUCUUCCAUAGAUAAAUAAAAAAAUUCUAUUGAAGAAGCUUUUUUAGAUCGCUUAUAAGAAGAAAAGAAAUAGUAGCAAAGAUGAUGCUUAGGAUUAAGAGGGUUCCGACUGUCGUUUCUAAUUACCAAAAGGAUGAAGCGGACGAUACUGCUCGUCGUACCGCUGGCUGUGGGAAGAAUUGCCUUAAAAGCUGUUGCAUACCAGGAGCAAAGCUUCCUUUAUAUGCUUUCAAGAAGGUGAACAUGGAGCGUGAAGAAGAUGUGCUGAAAAUGGUGAACACAGAGCCUCCAGUUGCUUUUCUUGACUCACUCGUUCUUGGAGAGUGGGAGGAUCGGAUGCAAAGAGGGCUCUUUCGCUAUGAUGUCACUGCCUGCGAAACCAAGGUGAUUCCUGGCGAAUAUGGCUUUAUUGCCCAGCUGAACGAGGGUCGCCACCUUAAGAAGAGGCCGACUGAGUUCCGUGUUGAUAAGGUACUUCAGCCCUUUGAUGGAAACAAAUUCAACUUCACCAAAGUUGGGCAAGAAGAGGUGCUCUUCCAGUUUGAAGCAAGUGAAGAUGGUGAAGUUCAGUUCUAUCCUAACGCUCCCAUUGAUGUCGAAAGUUCUCCUAGUGUCGUUGCCAUUAAUGUUAGUCCCAUUGAAUACGGACAUGUGCUGUUGAUCCCUCGGAUAUUUGAAUGCUUGCCCCAGAGGAUUGACCGGGAGAGCUUCUUGCUUGCACUUCAUAUGGCAGCUGAAGCUGGGAAUCCAUAUUUCAGAUUGGGUUAUAACAGCUUGGGCGCGUUUGCUACGAUCAAUCACCUUCAUUUCCAGGCUUACUAUUUGGCUGUGCCUUUUCCCAUCGAGAGAGCUCCGACAAAGGAGUUAACCACUUUGAGCGAUGGAGUGAUCGUCUCGGAGCUUUUAAAGUAUCCAGUCAAAGGUCUUGUCUUCGACGGUGGUAACACCCUUCAGGACUUGUCCGACGCUGUGUCUGAUGCAUGCAUUUGCCUCCAAGAUAACAACAUACCGUACAACGUCCUCAUCUCCGAUUGUGGAAAACGGAUCUUUCUCCUUCCACAGUGUUAUGCUGAGAAACAAGCUCUUGGGGAAGUGAGUCCGGAGCUUUUGGACACCCAGGUAAACCCAGCUGUGUGGGAAAUUAGUGGCCAUAUGGUGUUAAAACGGAGGGAGGACUAUGAUGAAGCAUCUGAAGGAAAUGCUUGGAGGCUCCUUGCUGAGGUUUCCCUUUCGGACGAGAGGUUCUGUGAAGUCAAUGCACUUAUCUUCGAAGCCAUUGCAGGCAGCAAAGAUGUUAUCAAAAAUGGUACCAAGACUUUGCUAGAGGAGCCUUGUCUCGAAGAAGAUGAUGCCAUCACCAAAAGCUCCCACCGUGGUGCUAUGGUGGCUGGCACACAACAAUGCCUUGUUCUGCAGUAACAAUCUGGAAUAUAACUAGAGCUCCAGCUUAUCGGAUCUGGGGCUCGGUUUCUAUUAUAUCGGUUUGGUGUCUAGGAUUAGGAUUAUGUUUAGAAGCAAUCUUAUUCAGAUUUGAGUGUUAGAUAUGAGUAUGUAUUCUAAGGAUGUUACUCUUUAUGUGCAACUUUUAUGUUUAUUUGCUUCAUCAUCAUGAGUAAGUCUAUUAGAUGAUGUAAAUUACAACUUAAUGCGUGCCCUCAUUAUGGGCAGUAAAUGCAUGUGAUUUGUGUAAA